AUGCCGGGAGAGAUUGUAACGCUUCAGGUCGGGCAGUGUGGUAACCAGGUUGCGAGCGAAUUCUGGCGACAGCUGUGCCUUGGAGCACGGCAUCGGCUGGAUGGCAACCUGCAGGACUUCGCGACGCAGGGCGACGAUCGAAAGGACGUGUUCUUCUAUCAGGCGGACGACCAGCACUACAUCCCGCGCUCCGUUUUACUAGACCUAGAGCCGCGCGUGGUGAAGGGCAUCCAGGCGGGCGAGUUCCGCGCGCUCUUCAACGCGGAGAACGUGUAUGUGGCGGAGCACGGGGGGGGCGCGGGGAACAACUGGGCGAGCGGGUUCGACCAGGGCGCGCGCGCAGCAGGAGGCGAUUAUGGAGAUGAUCGACAGGGAGGCGGAUGGGCAGCGAGAAUCUGGAAGCCUUCUACCUCUGCCACUCCGUGGCUGGAGGCACUGGGUCAGGUGAGACGAGGCACUGGGUCAGGUGAGACGAGGCACGGGGUGAGACCAGAUGAUGAAGGCGAGGCGGAAGGGAGUGAGGCAAUAAAGGUAAGGUAUCUGCUCUUGGGGCCCGACCAGGCACAGCAGGAGGCGAUCAUGAAGAUUAUCAUCAGGGAAGCGGAGGGUAGCGAGAAAUUAAAAUCCUUUACCUCUGCAACUCCGUGGCUGGGGGGACGGGGUCAGAUGUGUGUUUUCUCAUGUGUGUGUGUGUGUGUGUGUGAUGUGCUGCUGCAUGCACUGCAGGAGAACGUGAUUCGCAAGACAUCAGUCUUUGACGUCAUGAGGCGGCUGCUGCAGCCGCAGAACUGGAUGGUUUCGUCUCACUACGGCCGAAGCGCGCGGGACGUGAGUGCCGCCCGGCGCAUAGUAGCUGGUGGUUGGGGAGUAGGGAAAGGAGGAGGUUACUCAAUGAGCAUGGUUCAGGGGGAGGUGGAUCCGGGGGAGGUGAACAAGAGCAUGCAGCGUAUCAGAGAGAAGCAGGCGGCUUCCUUCAUUGAAUGGGGCCCUGCAAAUAUUCAGAAUUGUGGUGCGUAUGAGCUGCAUAUGUCCCACUUCGUCUGUCUCACCUCUCUCUCUCCCACACUCAUCCUGCGGCCCUCCCAGGUGGCUCUCUCUCGCAAGUCGUCUUACGUGCAGAUGGGGCACAAAGUGGCUCUCUCGCGCAAGUCCCCUUACGUGCAGACAGGGCACAAAGUGAGCGGGCUCAUGCUGGCGAACCACACAGGCAUGAGGCACCUGUUUGGGCGCUGUGUGAAGCAGUAUGAGAACAUGCGCCGCAAGUCCGCCUUCCUCGAGCCCUACAAGCAGUUCUCCAUGUUCUCUGACAACCUGGUGGAGUUUGACGAAUCACACGAGGUGGUGCGGUCAAUGAUUGACGAGUACCGCAUGUGUGAGACAUCCGAUCCACUUGCUUACGAGUUUGAAGGGGCGGCAGCAUAA